CAUUUUGAUCGAUUGCACAACAAUAAAACAUAUUUUCCAAGAGAUCGCAGUCUUUGCUGUAACAUAUUUUUUGGUGACCCCUACUGCAAGAAGGGCAAAAAAAACGCAGGGGCCAAGCAGAUAUCCACAAGGAGAAGAGCGACGUAAAGCGGACAUCGUUGAACGGCUGGCUAAUCGCCCGCCCGACCAGCAACUCCGACAACGUGGCGCGUGGCACGUGGCGCGGUGGUGAAGCAUCGUGCGAGGCACGUGGCCGCGAGGUGCGAGGCCGCGAGGCUACAAAGCUUCGAGGCUGCCCUGGACACAAAAAAACGAGCACGGGAACCGAGUGCCGUGCAUCGUUGAAGAAGAAAUCGGGUACCACAAGACUUCAAUUGCCUGGUGAGACCUUUCCUUUCUUCUUUUACAAGCAAAGAGAACUCUGUGAUCUCCCUCACAGGACUGCAAUUCGGCGUCGCUGUGUAUCAAUUCCCUCAACUGCGCGUGUUGUUCGAGUGGCACGUGGCACGUGGCGGCACGUGGUGUGCCGGCCAACCAACCAACCAAGGCGAAUACGAAGCCAGCGGACAAGAGGAAACAGAGAAAAGUGAGCAUCCUUUCUUAUUCCUUCCUUUCCGUAUUUUUUCUGGUUUAGUAUUCCCAUUAAUUUACUAGUAAAAAUGUCUAGUGAUGAGGCUAACGAAAAGCCAACUCCUUUAGAGAGUCAAGAACUAAGGGAGUUAAAAAAGAAGCGAAAAUCCUAUAGAGGAAAACUUACUAUGUACUGCAAUUUUGUAAAGAAAUUUAGAGAAAUUAACGUAGAAAAAUUAUCUGCCUCUCAAAUAUUAGAUUUACAACUAAGAACCGAAGCUGUAGGGUCUAUAUACAAUAUUUUAGAUACUAUACAAGAAAGGAUCGAUGUAUUGUGUACCGAUAUAGACGAGCAAUUAGCAGACCGUCAAAAAUAUGAUGAUGCCUAUUUUGAAAAUGUAGCUCAUGCUAAAUUAAUGAUAAAUUCCAAGCAAUCCGGACAUGCCCCCAACCAAGUACAAGUUGUAAAUGUUCAAAAUAAACCAGAGACACAGGACAUAAUUAGAUAUCCUGAAAUUUCAUUACCAUCAUUUAGCGGAGGAAUGAACGAUUGGUUGGAAUUUAGAGAAACCUUUGAUUCACUAAUUAACCAAAGUCAAAUGAAUAGUAUUCAAAAAUACAAAUAUCUACGAAGCUGCUUACAAGGUGGCGCUCUGGAGGUAGUCAGCUCACUCGAAUUCACAAGCGAGAAUUACUCCUUGGCUUGGAAUCUACUCUGUGAGAGGUACAACAACCCACGUUUAUUAAUAAAUAAGCAUCUGAAAGGGCUAUUCAAUAUGGAAACAAUUUCAUUUCAAGCUAGCUCUUUGAGGUCUGUCAUAGAUAAUAUAUCCAAACAUUUACGAUCUCUAAAGUCACUUUCGAUACCUGUUAGUGAAUGGGACCUAGUAAUUAUACAUUUUAUUAGUUCCAAAUUACCACUUUCCAUACAAAGAAAGUGGGAAGAGCGGAUUAGCUCGAAGGAAUUGCCUUCCUUGCAGGAAUUUAAGGAUUUUCUCCGCUCUCGAGCUGACCUGCUAGAAGUGUCACACUCAGACGAAGUAAGUUCUGACAGUCGCGACAAAAGGUCUUUGGUGGCCACGUCCUCCUCCGUCACUCCGAGACCAGAGAAGCAAAAUUUACAUCAAUGUCCACAGUGCAAGGAUGUACCAGGGAUUCUGGAGAAGAUGGUCACGUGACUACGUGGGGCUCCUUCAGCAGCGAAGCAAAUGGCGAAGCUCCAAAGGACCCAGUCUGGCUGUCGGCACGAUCGUCCUAGUCAAAGACGAUCGCCUCCCUCCCUGUCUUUGGGCGCUGGCGAGGAUCAUCGCAGUACACCCGGGCCCUGACAACACUGUUCGUGUCGCAACGAUGAAGACGUCAAAGGGAGCCAUCAUCAAGCGUAGUUUCAACUCGAUUUGUCCUUUACCAACGGACUGUAAUUAGUGUCUAGUUUAUAGGUACCUAAUACUAGUAUAGGUAGUUAUCAUUAAGCAUAUCCUAAUUAAGUUUCAAUAUGUUAUUUAAGUACAUAAGUUUACUUACAUUUCUUGCAAAUAAAUAUUGGUUUCAAAGUAGGGAUCAAGUUUAGGUAGG